GUUGCUCCCCCAACAGUUCGGAAAACGAAACCUCUGUCUGUGGACCCCCAGAAAUCGGGAGCUUGAUUUAAGAACCAGAGCGAUACAAGUCAAGAAUCCCAGUGCGUGCGUGAAAGUAGAAACCCGAAGAAAAUCACCAAAAAAAAAACCAUGACCAAGUUCGUGGUGGUGGGCAUGUGCCUGCUGAUGGCCUUUGGCCAGAUGGCUUCCGUUUCCGCCGUGACCGAGGCUCCGGAGGUGGAGCAGUCAACGGAGUCGCCCAUCGCCGACAUGGCGCUGAUUGCUGAUGCGCCAAUGGCUCCCAAAACGCCCACGGAGAAGCCGCCCGUUGUCCAGGUAGCCCCAAUGGUGGUGGAGGCUCAGGAGAAGUCCGCUCCGGUGGCCCCACAACCCCACACGGUGGCCGACUUUAUCAUCCACCCGCUGAUCGCCUUCAAGCCACGCCAGGCCUCCCUAGAGGAAAUUCAGGGCAAACAGGCACCAGCCACACCCGGCUCCAGUGCCCCGGCGUCCCCGGGAACCUGGCUAUUCGGCAUGAAUCCCGCUCAGCAGCUUGGCUCCUCCUUCUCGACACUGGCUGGUUCUGUUUCCGGUUGGUUCAACGAUCGCCUGGCGGCUGCCGGACAGCAGCUGCCCGGUUUGGUGGAAACCCCGGUGAGGGAGUCCACCACGAGCACUAGCACAACGACCUCCACGACCACCCAGCGGCCAGACAUCGUGGUGCGAGUGCAGCAGCGUCCCCAGAGGAAUGGCAACCGCAAUGGAAACCGAAAUGGCAAUGGAAACCUUAACGGCAAUGGCAAUGGAAACCUCAACGGCGGAAACUUGAACAACAACAGGCGUCGCCAGCGUCCUAACCGCUUCAACAACCGACUGGACUCCUUCGAGGAUGACUAUUAUGAGGACGAUUACUUCCAGGGCAACCGAUUCGAUGAGGAGUUCGACGACGAUGAGGACGAGCAAAGCCUGGAGCAAUUUGAGGAUGACGACUCCUUGGAGCUGCGUCCUCAGCAGAAGCCCAAGCGCAAACAGACCCAGGUGCAGGCCCAAAAUCAGCGCAGGAAGUUCCAGCAGGAAGAGCAGGUGGUCAGCCAGAAGCGCCGCCAAUCGGUGACCCAAAACAAGAAGCCCAAGGUGCAGAAGAAGCCAGUUCAGCCGGUGGUUGAGGAGUCGCAGGAUGAGGAGGAGUUGGAGGAUGACGAGAACGAUGAUGAGGAGGAUGAAGAGCAGGUGCAGGAGGACGACAGCCAGGAGCAGGACUUCCAGCCCGAGCCGAUCUUCGGUUCCAGCUCCUCGUCGACUAGGCGCAGCCAGAACCAGCCCAACUUCAUCCAGCGCGGUCAGCAGAGCAUCAUCAGUCAGAUUAGGCAGUUCACCCGGGGUCAAACGCCCGGAGAACUGGCCAACACCUUGCGCAGAGGUCCAUCCACAUCAUCCUCGGGCUCCUCGAAGACCCGUCGGCCCCAGCAGACGACGCUACUGGUAAACCGCAAUGGCCAGACCGUUUACGUGGCCCCCGAGCUGCUGGGACUAAACUCUCCCUAUCCCUACGCCUAUGUCCAGGGUCAGACGAAGAAACAGAGGGUUCCCGUCAACGGUGCAUUCCCACAGCCGCCACUAACGGUGCCGGUGAGGCGUCAAGGUCGUCCCACCCAGUACAUCACGAUUCCCUGGAGCCAGCUGGGCCUCUCACCGCCCGACCAGCAAUCGAUCGUCUCCCUGGCCGAGGGCAUCCAAGCGCAGCCCCUCAUUCUGAAUAUUCCGCAGAGCGCCAUUAGCCCGGUGAGGGGUGGUGCCAGCUCGAGCGGCCAGAAGAAGAAGCGUCCCCAGCUGACCGCAUCGGCGGUUCCCCUCUUGGCCGACGCCUCCCUUAUGGACAUCUUCCAGCCUCCCCAGAUCCCGCCCUCCAGAAACGGAUCACCCUCUUCCGGAUCCUCCAUUAAGCCCAUCUCCGCCCAGCCCGUCCUUAUUGCCGCUAAGCCCGUAAAGGCGGGUGCAGUGGGAACCACCGGACUGCUGCCCACUCGCAUUCGUCCAGGAACGAUUGUGGAGAAGGCACCGGCUGUGGAGGCGUUGGAGAAGCCCAUGGAGGUAACCGAAAUCCAGCAGGAACAGGAGAUGAUGGCCACGGAGCCAGCUGCUGCUACCCCGCAAAUGGCAGCCAGCGGAUCCGAGCAGCAGGAGUUCAUCUUGGUUGGCGAUGAUGAUGAGCCGGGCGUCUCCCGACAUGUCCAGCCAGCUUUCGGUGAUGCCCGCUAUGUGUCCUACGGCGAUUUUCAUCCUUACCUCGAUCUGCUAACCCAAAAUAGGCGAUUCGCGCUUAGGAAGAGCGGCAGGGCUUUAGAGAUACUCGAACAGCCGGUGGCCCCCAAAGGAGAAUCGCAGAAGGAGGAGCUCCCCAAGGAGAAGGAGCAGAAGGAGGAGCUUCCCAAGAAAGAAGUCCAGGUAGAGGAGAUUAAGACGGAGGAGCCCCAGAAGGAGGAAAACAACAAGCAGAAGCCCCAGAAUGAGGAGAACAACAAGGAGAAGCCCCAAACAGAGGAGCCCCAGAAGGAGGAGCCCCAAAAAGAAGAACCACAGAAGAUGGAACCCCUGAAGGAGGAGCCCCAGAAGGAAGAGACCCAGAAGAAGGAGAUCCAGAAGGAGGAACCCAAAGUGGAAAAUCCACAGCUGGCAGCAUAAUUUUGUAAACGAACAAACCUCCAAAAAUCGAACCCAAACGAGCUCGAAUUGAAAUAAUGAAGAUAACAAAAAAAAUAUGACAAACAAAACCAAAA